GCAGCCCUCUUUGCAGCUCUUCCCCAGAAAGCUGGCUUUUCAAGGUGACUGCUGAAGUAUGGAUGAUCACAAUAAUUCCUUUUGCAAACCUAUACUGUCACCCCACUUAACCCGGCUCUACUGCACAGUGCUCAUAGGAGGACUGAUGGGUGUCAUCUCUAUUUUGUUUUUCCUGGUGAAAAUGAACACCCGCUCUGUGACCACCACAGCAGUCAUUAACCUGGUAGUGGUCCACAGUGUGUUUCUGCUAACAGUACCAUUUCGUUUAACCUAUCUCAUCAACCACGUCUGGUCAUUUGGGCUGCCUUUCUGCAAAUUUGUGAGUUCCAUGCUCCACAUCCAUAUGUACCUCACAUUCCUGUUCUAUGUGGUAAUCCUGGCCAUCCGGUACCUCACCUUCUUCAAGCACAAGGACAAAGUGGAAUUCUAUAGAAAACUGCACGCUGUGGCAGCCAGUGCCAGCAUGUGGCUGCUGGUUAUCAUUAUUGUGAUACCUGUAAUAGUUUCUCAGUAUGGAAUUUUGGAGAACUAUGAUGAAAAAGAAUGCUUCAAGUUCCACAAAGAACUUAGUCAACCAUAUGUGCGUGUCAUUAACUAUAUGAUAGUCAUAGUUGUCAUAGCCAUGGCUGUGCUUAUCUUUUUUUUCCAGCUCGUCAUCAUUCUAUCAAUGGUACAAAAACUACGCCACUCCUUCCUAUCCCAUCAGGAGUUCUGGGCCCAAUUGAAAAACUUAUUUUUUAUAGGCAUCAUUCUUAUUUGCUUCCUUCCCUAUCAGUUCUUUAGGCUCUAUUACUUGCACAAGGUGAGGCAAAUAAGUGACUGCAAUAGUGAUAUUACAUUUUAUAAUGAAAUCUUCCUGAGUGUUACAGCAAUUAGUUGCUUUGAUUUGCUGCUCUUUGUUCUUUUGGGAAGUCGAUGGGUUAAACAAAAGACACAUGACAUAUUGAACUAUGUUUUAUGCCGAUAG